AUGCGUUCCUCAAUUGCCCUCGCUGCCGGCCUUGUCGCCCUCGUCUCGGCUGGUACUACCACCAUCACCGAAACCGCCGAUGUGACCAUCACCUCGUGCGAGCCAACCGUCACCAACUGCCCCUACAAGGGCGGUAACGGUGGCAGCGGCACCUGGAGCGACUGGAGCGCCUCUGCCUCCACCACCUCUUCUCCCGCCAAGGUGACCAGCUCCAGCUGGGACCCCAACCACACCUGGAGCGACUGGACCGAGAGCGCCAGCACCUCUACCAGCUCCAAGCCUGUCGUCUCUGUUUCCACCACCGGCUCCUGGGACCCAACCUGGAGUGACUGGUCCGCAAGCUCCACCAGCACCCCCGUCGCCCCGGCCUCGUCGGCUUCUGCUUCCACCUGGUCUGACUGGGCCGCGAGCGGCACCACCUUGGCCACCUCUACUGCUGUCGCCGCUGCUACCACCGGCCACGGCUCCGGCGCCGCAUCAACCCCCGUUGCUGCUGCCUCAACUGGUGUCUGGUCGUACUCUGGCUCUGCCACCGGUGUUGCUCCUGCCACCUUCACUGGUGCCGCCAACGCCAACGCUGGUUCUUUCGCUCUUGCCGGUCUUGUUGCUGCCGCCGCCAUGGUCAUCGCAUAA